GGGGAGCUUGAAGAUAUAAUGCUUCUUUCAUAUAUCAAGGCUGCAAGACUUCGCCAUUGGCUCGCCCGAACAGACUGUCCGCCUGCUAUUCAAGAGUGUGGAGUCUUGUUUGAUCGAGUGUUUAACAAAACACUACAAAUCCUAUCCCACGAGCUUGCCGAAGAUCCCAUGAAUGAUACCAUCCAGUUCGACGGUGUUAUCUACAGCAAGGCAUCUACACACUUAGGCAACAGCCAAAUUUUCUUCUAUCCUCGCAGAGAUCGGUCGUUAACCCCUGUCCCCACUAGUAUCAAAUACAUCUAUAGUAUGCUGACAGGAGAGCUAUUGUUUGCUGUACAGCGACAUCUCCCACUAGAUCAUGACCACCAUACCAUUGAUCCCUUCUCAAUGUAUCCUGAUUUUCCAGCAAAAUUGUAUUCGAUGGACCUUGAAAAUCGCCUUGAAAAUGCCAAGGUGUCAUGGGUCGUCAGUCACUUUGCGCGAUGGAGGGUUUCUGACCGUCACGCAGUGAUUCUAUCCUUAUCUCGCAACUGA